GGGAAAACGUAUCAAGUAACAAAGAAGGUAACAACUGAGACGUGCUGAAUCUCUCGAUUGAGUGGUGCUUGAAGCAGCCUUGCAGAAAUCGAUGCAUUCCUCAAAUAAUCUCCAUUUGCUGAUUGGCAGUGAAGCUAAGCACCACAGGGGCCCCUUAUAGGAGGCCUCAAUGCAAGUAUGUCGCCAGAAUCCCCUACCUUCGCUAACACGUCUUUUGAAACCGAAGCUAACUCACCAGUCAACAGAGUUCUUACAACUGUGUCAGCGAGUCUUUCGUUAUUGGGAACUUCUCUGAUCAUAAUCACAUUCAUCGCAUGGAAAGACUUGAGAUCGUCUUCCAGAAAGAUACUUGUGUUUAUUUCAAUAGGCGAUUUCUUAAUCGCUGGAGGUAACUUGUCUGGAGUAUGGUUGCCGGAAAAUGAUCGAACUAUUGCUGCGUGCAAAGCUCAGAGUUUUGUCACAACUUGUGCCUCGCUUUGGUCAUUUUUUUGGACGACUUUUCUAUCCAUAUUCUUGUACACUACUGUGGCAAGAAAGCAGGCUGAAAAAGCUGACAAGAUGCUGAGAUAUUUCCACAUUUUUGCUUGGGUUAUUCCGUUAACAGUAACUGGUAUCGCCUUUAACAAGUUAGGAAAUGACGAUGAUUUCUACAGUGCUGGCUGGUGUUGGGUCAGUGGCGAGUUGAAGACAAGUGAGAAACAAAAAUGGAUGUUACUCACAGGCAAAGUGUGGGAAGUGGCUGCAUAUGUUCUUAUUUCUACAUUUUAUUGGAUGUUAAAGUGUCAUAUUCGUAAGGAGGUAAUGUGUAUUGUGUGGUACUUGUACCUGCUACUUUUAGACACAACUAUGCAUCGGUUAGCCAGGAUUUUCUUUCCUUUCUUCUUCAAAAAAUCCAACUUUCUUAUUUAAACUAAUUCUGACUGUAAAUAUAUGAAAAUCAUAUAUUUGACCUGCGGAUAAAGAAAUAAAUAUGGAAGUGAUCUUUGCAGUUACGGUAUUUUAAUACAUGACCUUUGCGAUACCGGUGCAUUGCUCUACCAGCUGAGCUAACAAGCCAACUGGGAGCUGGUCAUUCUGUUGGUUCCAAAUAAAUCUGUGAAGUGAUGAAUAGCUGUCUGUAAAUAUGUGAAAAUCAUACAUGUGAACCGGUAUUGCAGAGGUCAUGGGUUCAAAUCCUGUACGGGCUUGAAUUUUUGUUAGGCCUUAUUUUCAGCACCACUUAAGUAGUGUUCAUAACUGUAAAGAUUGCUUUCAUAUUCAUGAAACUGAUUCUUUUCCUUAAUACUUGACCAGAAAUUUCAUCAUCACUUUGCAACAUUAUUUCUAUGGUGAUUGAAACCAAAGUUGGGAUAGCUUGAGUUAAACUACAAAAAUAUGAUUGGUUGAGUUAAAAUACAACUUAAAAUGUGAUUGGUUGAAUUAAACUUCAACUUAAAAAGUGAUUGGUUGAGUUAAACUACAGCUUUGAAAGUGAUCGGCUUAUUGAACUGUCCAAUAAGAACUAUCCAAUAACAAACUGUCUGAUAACAACUUGGCAAAUGAAUUAGUGGAAAAAAGGAAUUUUUGUAAAGUAAUCACAAUCAAGGAAAUUGUAAUUUUUAUGAUUAUAAUAAUAAUGAUGAUGAUAAAAAUCAAAACAGAGUAUAAAACUAUGUUUAUUGAAGAUUAUUAAACCAAUGAUAUAGAUGAUUUCAUUAAAAUUUGAUUAUUAAAAAGUAAUUUGAAAUUAACUCACACAUUCAAUCGAUUGCAUAAGAAUUCAAUUAUUUAAAAUCUAUUUUAAAAAAGUAACACUUGAGCACAAGAAGUCCAUUUGUGGCCCACAUUAAGCAUGUUCUAUUCCUCACAGCAAGUGUUUUUCCACCUUCCAUGUAGCUGUUAAAUCUGUAUUUAACCUUUAAUUUCUUUACAUGUAGGUCUAUCAUCGCCAAAAGUUUUCAUCUCACCAGUCAAAGGAAUUUGCUAUUAAAGCAGAGAGAAGGCUUACAUUGGUACCCAUCAUUUUUAUUCUUGUGCGCAUGUGGGGUACAAUUCGCUUCAUCAUUUAUUUGUCGAACAGUGUAGCAAAUUUUAAUUCAGAAUGGGAAAAAGCUCUUCUUUACCUUCAGGUUAGUUUUUGAGUAUCUUGAAGUCAAAACAAAGCAGUUGACCAACCAGUUGCUUCACAAAACAUGCCAUAUUUUUAGAUAAGGGGUUGUAAAGAUGUGAAUUUAUUGAUGGUUCUGUUGAUUUUCUCAUGAUGUUGUCACUCCUGUGGUAGAUUACAAAGUUCAAAUUUACAAGUGCUUUCAAUUGCAAAUUUUCUUCAAGCAAUGUACCAAAGAUCAAGAAACAAGUGAGAUUGUUUUUAGAACUGUGCUGUUGUGAACUACUUGGGAGUACAUCACUAGGAGAUCAAAGUGUUAAAAUUUCAGCUGUUUCACUGAAAACCAACCAACCCCAGCAUUCUAAGGUAUCAUAAGGUGAUGCUUGACUGAAUGACCUCAUUGCUUGGAGAGGUAUAUCAAAGAAAUGUCCUAAUCCUAAUUCACAAUAAAAGUGACUUCAUUAGAAAAUUAUUUAUUUUGCAAAUUAUAUUUUACAUGUAUUAUCAUUAUUAUUACUAUCAUCAUUACAUUAUAAUAAUAUUAAUAAGUUUUUCAUAUGCUGCAUUUUAUAAUUGGGUGGUUCUUCCUAAAUUUGCCCAAGGUUCCCAUGUGUAAGAGGAAAAUUCUUUAGCUUUUUGUGUUGAUUGAGGCAGAUUUCCAUACUAUCACCAAAAAUCUGCAUCUUGAAAAUUAUUACUCAAGAUCUUUGUUGAUUUUAUCCAUACUCAACCAUUGUUAUUCUCCUUUCAGGACAUUCUGUUCUCCUUGUUGUUUUUGAAUCUUAGCAAGUUGUUAAUCAUUAUUACCUUUUUUGUCUCUGUCAUGUACUAGUAGCUUCUUGGUAAUUGCCAUAGAGUUCUGCAGUGUUUCCAUACACCAUAAUACUAACAAAUGGUUAUGGUCCACAGUUACUAUUAAUUUCCAUAACAAAGUUUGUUGGUUCAUUGUUUUGUUUUUAAAUUUUCAGGGAAUUGGUGACAGCAGCCAAGGUUUUACAAACUUUUUACUAUUUUGUCUUUUCACUAAAAAAUUCAGAGUUAGUCUGAAACUUGCUGUUAAGGAAUGUCUUAUGUGCUGCAAAUCACCAUCAGAUGAUCCACCUCCAAGGAUAGACACAUCUGCUGAGUAUCAAAAUGGUCGUAGAACAUUGAUCAAUGAAAGGUCAAGUCUUCUAGCAAGCACCAGCUCAUCAGUAGAAUAAGGACCAUGAGUUCCAUCUACAAAGGACACCAAGGAACCAUUAAUUCCAUAAUGAUGACUACAUGAUGGACAGUAUUAAUCCUUUCACUCCCAAGAUCUCAUUAGCUAUUCUCCUUACUGUCUACAAUUGUAAUGAUAUAACUUCUAAGAAUUUGACAUGUUUUUCUUUAUUCUCAUCUUUUAUCUGCUUGAUAUUGUACAGAUAUUGUAGGGAGAAAUUCUGUCUUGGUUACUCAUGGGAGUUAAAGGGUUAACCAGACUUAAACCAAACUUAAACUUACUAAUCAGUCAAUAGAAUAAUUAUUGGACUGCAGGUUACACUUGCUGUUGGGUAUCUAUUUUCCUGACGGCUAAAGGCCUUAAACUGAUCAUUCAAAUUUUUUAUCCUAAAGAUAUUCCUUCAUUUUUGCUCUUCCAGAACUGAGUGGUAAUACAAAACAAACAAAGGAAGAAGGAAAAUCCGUAUGAAUAAAACCUCAG